AUGGACGGUAUAAGGAUGAGAUGGCAACUACUGACCGUGGGUAUUGGAGAUGGGUGGAUGACGAUCAAGGUCAAGAUCAAGGUCAAGAUCAAAGUCAAGAUCAAAGUCAAGAUCAAGGUCAAGGUCAAGGUCAAGGUCAAGGUCAAGGUCAAGGUCAAGGUCAAGGUCAAGGUCAAGGUCAAGGUCAAGGUCAAGGUCAAGGUCAAAUGA